UCGUUCCUCACGCAGUGGCCCACGAGUCCUUGGUGCAGCAGGUGCACAGGAUACGUUCUCCCCCCUCUCCGGUCCGCAGCGCAGGGCCGCCGAUCUCCUCGUCUUUCAGGAAACGGUGCUGCCUCCGGCCCCACGGGAUGGCCUCCGGAACCUCGGCAGGUCGCGAGCCGUACGACGAGGAGGCCGCGAGCCGCCGCCCGCUCGAGCUCGGCAUCCGCGACUCCGCCCCCGCUUCCGCCUCCGACCACCGGUCUGGAAAUAUUGUGCCUAGAUAUCAGGUGGGAUGUACUAAAGCUGAUACAAGUAAGAGAUACUUGGAGGGAUGGCAUAAGAAGCAAUCUAGUACAGAUGAUGUACGGAAGAGCAAGUCAGGAUACUUCACGGCAUUCGGGGUGGACCUAUCUCCUGAUAAUAUGGCAGUUGCCAUUGUAUAUUUUGUGCAAGGGGUCUUAGGCCUUGCACGACUUGCUGUGAGCUUUUACUUAAAAGACGAUCUUCACCUUGAUCCAGCUGAGACUGCAGUUAUAUCUGGCUUCUCAUCCUUGCCCUGGUUGAUCAAGCCAAUCUAUGGCUUUAUCAGUGAUUCUAUUCCACUAUAUGGGUAUCGAAGAAGAUCAUAUCUUAUUCUGUCAGGAUUUCUUGGAACACUUUCAUGGAGUUUGAUGGCUACAGUAGUGAACAGUAAAUAUGGUGCAGGAUUCUCUAUUCUUCUUGGAUCACUUUCUGUUGCCUUCUCAGAUGUUGUCGUAGAUUCUAUGGUAGUUGAGAGAGCUCGUGGCGAAUCACAAAGUACAUCUGGAUCUCUCCAGUCUCUAUGUUGGGGGUCCUCGGCAUUUGGUGGAAUUGUGAGCGCAUAUUUCAGUGGUUCGCUUGUGGAUGCAUAUGGAGUAAGAUUUGUCUUUGGUAUUACGGCAUUUUUACCAUUGAUGACAUCUGCUGUUGCAGUUCUUGUAAAUGAACAUCGCCUGACUCCUGGAGAACAUGCUAUGUCAGUCUCUGGUUCAGGAUUCAUUGAGAGCUCAAUACAGCACAUCAAGCAGCUAUGGACUUCUGUAAAGCAACCUAACAUUUUCUUGCCGACCUUGUUUAUAUUCCUCUGGCAAGCAACACCACACUCAGAGUCAGCCAUGUUUUUCUUCAUCACAAAUAAGCUUGGAUUCACUCCAGAGUUUCUAGGACGUGUAAAACUCGUUACUUCCAUUGCAUCCUUGCUCGGUGUUGGAAUUUAUAACUACUUUCUGAAGGCAGUUCAUCUGAGGAAAAUAUUUCUUGUGACAACCAUCAUAGGUUCAGCCCUUGGAAUGACACAGGUUCUUCUUGUCACUGGGCUUAAUAGGCAGUUUGGGAUCAGUGAUGAGUGGUUCUCCAUUGGAGAUUCGUUAAUCAUCACGGUCCUUGGCCAGGCUGCAUUUAUGCCAGUUUUGGUGUUAGCUGCAAAAUUGUGCCCUCCAGGAAUGGAGGCGACUUUGUUUGCCACUUUGAUGUCCAUUUCUAAUGCUGGAAGUGUUACUGGUGGUCUUGUCGGUGCUGGUCUAACAAAGAUUUUUGGAGUCACUAGGGAAAGCUUCGGAAAUCUACCUCUGUUGAUUAUUGUAUGCAAUCUCAGUUCCUUGCUGCCCUUGCCUCUUCUAGGUCUCCUUCCAGACGAAACAGGAGAUUCAGAUAAUGAAGAAACAAAACACAGCUGACUGAGAUUGUCUUUUAAUGCGUUCAAAUUCUCAAGUAUAGUAUGGCUUAGCCCCAUUUCAACUGAGGUAAUAGACAUGGCUGUUCCCCAGUACUAGUUCAGCAAAUCAGCAGGGAAAUAUGAUAUACUACAGUUUUCACUGCUGUCAUGAAAACACCAAGAUCAAUCAUCUUGAUUUGGUUAUCAGAAAAUGGAACCCGAUGCUAUGGAGCAGAGGUACUUCUCUUUCUUUUAUGUAGCCAACAUGUAACAAGACAAUGUGAUCUCUAUGUAACUAAUGUAACCCCAUGAAAAGGUUAAAUAGUAACCUAACUCCCUUACCGAUUUUGGAUAUUUUACCCUGUGGGAGCUGUACUACGGAGAGUAUUAGAUUAUGAAGAAACAAACACAUCUCCCUACCGUGGAUUGUGAUACAAUACCAGGUCUUCUUUUCUGUACUCUUAUAAAAUACUCAGUUGGUGAUGAUGGUGUGUCUGUCAUCCGUCA